AUGGCUGCUCAAAUCACCACCGUCGCCCAGAGCAAAGAGCUCCGCGGGCUCAACCUCAUAGCAGCGCACUCCCACAUCACCGGUCUCGGCGUCGAGCCAGACACGCUCGAACCCAAGCAAUCAUCACAAGGCCUCGUCGGACAAGAAAAGGCGCGGAAAGCCGCCGCCAUCAUCCUACGCAUGGUCAAGGAAGGCAAGAUUGCUGGGCGAGCAGUCCUCAUCGCCGGUCCCCCCAGCACCGGCAAGACGGCUAUAGCGAUGGGUAUGGCGCAGUCGCUGGGUGAAGAUGUGCCGUUCACGAUGCUGGCGUCAUCCGAAAUCUUCUCGCUUGAAAUGUCGAAGACGGAAGCCCUUACACAAGCAUUCAGGAAGUCGAUAGGUGUGAGGAUAAAAGAGGAGAGCGAGGUCAUUGAGGGAGAGGUCGUGGAGAUACAAAUCGACAGGAGUGUUACGGGAAACAACAAGCAGGGCAAGCUCACAAUCAAGACAACGGACAUGGAGACAAUCUACGACAUGGGCAGCAAGAUGAUUGAUUCGAUGACGAAGGAGAAGGUCAUGGCUGGCGACAUCAUCUCGAUCGACAAGGCCUCGGGCAAGAUUUCGAAGUUGGGACGGUCGUAUACCCGGUCACGCGACUACGAUGCGAUGGGUGCGGAUACCAAAUUCCUGGCAUGCCCGGACGGCGAGCUACAGCAGCGCAGAGAAAUUACACACACAGUCAGCUUGCACGAGAUUGAUGUUAUCAACUCCCGAACACAAGGAUUUCUAGCGCUCUUCUCCGGCGAUACUGGCGAGAUCAGAAGCGAGGUACGGGAUCAGAUCAACACCAAAGUGGGCGAGUGGAAGGAGGAGGGCAAGGCUACUAUCGUACCCGGUGUGCUGUUCAUCGACGAAGUGCAUAUGCUGGACAUCGAAUGUUUCUCAUAUAUCAACCGAGCACUAGAAGACGAACUCGCGCCAAUCGUCAUCAUGGCCAGCAAUCGGGGGCACACUCGGAUAAGAGGCACGAACUACCGCUCUCCGCAUGGUUUACCGCUGGAUUUCCUGGACCGGGUUGUUAUUGUCACCACGCACGCAUACGCGCCAGAAGAGCUGCAACAGAUACUCUCGAUACGGGCGUCCGAGGAGGACAUUGACGUCUCGCCAAAUGCUCUCGCAUUUCUCACGAAGAUCGCACAAGAGGCCGGUCUCCGCUACGCAAGCAAUCUCAUCACAACCUCGGACCUCCUGCGGCAGAAGCGGAGAGCCAAAGAAGUCGAUAUCGAUGACGUGCAGAGAAGCUUCCAGUUGUUCUAUGAUCCUGGCAGGAGUACCCUCCUAACAUUGUCGCAGUUUGUUUCCGACUUCGAAAAGCGCUUCAUCGGUCAAGAGGGGGAUGUCACUCUAUCCUUCACGAACGGGGCUGAUGCUAUGGAGAUUUCGUAG